AUGGCGGACCAGCAGCAGACACAGCCAGGUGGCUUCUACUCGGGCAGGAACAAGAUCCCCACAGUCAACCAGCUACUAGAACGACUUGACGCCGACAAGAAGGACCGCGACAAGGAGAUUGACGAGCGGAAGAAGGUUGAGAAGGCACAGAAGAAAUCGCAAAGCGCAGCAGGAGACGAUGGCGUGGUGGCUCAUCAGAACGAGGACACUGGUCACAAGGUAGGCCAGAAAACCGUCACCGAUCCCGUGACCGGCAACCAGGUUGUCAUUGAGGAUGUCAACAAGGAGAUGAUGGAGAAGGCCAAAAACCCGGUGUUGUCAGUGCCCAACGCCAAUCUUGGUAAGGACACUCCUGUCAAGACAGAAGCAGGCAUGAAGAACCCAGAGUACAAAGAGAAGCAGGACAUCACCGCCCCACCGGAUCCCAUUGCCGAAGGUAGUACCAGCGAUGUGCCGAUUCAUGGCGAGAAGACGAAUAUCUUGUUUCAUCCGACACCGAGUGUAAGCUACGAGCCUACCUUCAAUCGUCUGGAGCAGAGAGGUCUGUACAUGAUCAUCGGUGUCUUCUUCGCCAUCAUCAUCCUAGGCAAGACUUUUGGUGGGAAAUACAUCGGUAUCAUUCCACUCGCAGCAUGCGUAGCCAGUGGUAUCUGGCUGUGGGUCAAGGAGGUAGUGCGAUCAGGUCGCGAGGUGGAGUGGGAAAGCGAGAAGGAGCGUGGAGCUACUGCUACCGCCAAUCUUCUCCCUGAAUCAGUGGAAUGGAUGAACACGCUCUUGGGCGUAGUCUGGGGUCUAGUUAACCCGGACAUGUUCAUCCCGGUCGCCGACACCCUGGAGGAUGUCAUGCAAGCCUCCGUUCCUGGUAUCAUCGAGAACGUGCGGGUUGCAGAGAUCAGCCAAGGCAGCAACCCCAUUCGUAUCUUGUCGCUACGUGCGCUGCCUGAUACUCACAUGGGCGAUAUGAAGAGAGCAAUUCAUGACGAGAACAAGCGAACAAAGGACCCACAAGAAGCUGCCGCCGAUGAGGAGGGUGGCGACUAUUACAAUCUUGAGGUCUCAUUCGCAUAUCAUGCUUCGCCAUCUGGCAAGCGCGCGAGUGACAAGGCGAGGAAUAUGCACAUGCAGCUGGUCUUCUACCUUGGUAUCAAGGGCCUGUUCGGCGUACCACUCCCGAUUUUUGUCGAGCUGCAGGAACUGGUCGGCACCGUGCGUUUACGAAUGGCUAUGACACCUGAGCCACCGUUCCUCAAAACCCUCACCUUCACACUCAUGGGCCUGCCACACGUCCAGGCUGGCUGUAUACCAAUGGUGGAGAAGGGUGUCAAUAUCCUCAACCUGCCACUAAUCUCACAGUUCGUCAACUACGCCAUUGGUGCUGCAGCGAGCUUGUAUGUGGCGCCGAAAAGUAUGUCCAUGGAUAUGCGCGCUAUGCUGCAGGGAGACGACAUCGCAAAGGACGUGCAGGCAAUGGGUGUGCUGUGGAUCCGCAUUCACCGGGCUGUUGGGCUUUCGAAGCAGGACAAGCGUGGUAGCAAGCACGGCGGCAGCGACCCGUACAUUACUCUCACAUUCAGCAAAUAUGGCAAGCCCAUGUACUGCACCCGUGUCAUCACGGAUGAUCUAAACCCGGUGUGGGAGGAGACGACUGCACUGUUGGUUACGCCCGAGCUGAUCAAGGCUGAUGAGAAUUUGAGUGUUGAGCUCUGGGAUAGCGAUAGACACUCUGCGGAUGACAUUGUCGGCAAAGUCGAACUCAGCAUGCAGAAACUGAUUCAGCAUCCUGGCAAGAUGUAUCCGCAAGUCAGCAAGCUCUCCGGCAUGAACGAGGGCUCCGAAAUGCCUGGUGAGCUGCACUGGGAAGUCGGCUUCUUCGGCAAACCAUCUCUCCGCCCAGCCCUUCGCACCGAUGGCAAGAAUACGAACCUACCCGACAACCUCAAGAACAGACCAGAACUUCAAGAUCAGAAGGGUACGGCAAACAGCGAACAAGAUGAUGCGGUGCAACACACCCCUCCGGACCCUCUCUGGCCAUCGGGCAUCUGCUCCAUCGUCGUCCAUCAAAUUGUCAACCUCGAGCUCGAGAACAUCCAGGGCAGCAAUCCUAACAAGAAGGCUGGUCGCGAAUUUGAGCCAGCCAAGGCUUAUGGUGAUGCCGCCGCUGAGACUGGCGGUGAUUUGCCCACAAGUUAUUGCACAAUCCUGUACAAUGACGAGCUGGUUUACCGUACGAGAAGUAAAGCUGUUAGUAGCCAGCCGAUCUUCAAUGCGGGUACGGAGAGAUUCGUUCGCGAUUGGAGAUCAGCGCUUAUUACUGUUACGGUACGCGACUCGAGGAAUCGACAGCAUGAUCCGAUUCUUGGGGUUGUUCCUCUCAAGCUUACCGAUAUCCUCGACACAAGCAGCCAGGUCACUCGCUGGUACCCUCUCGACGGCGGCAUUGGCUUUGGCCGCAUCCGUAUAUCUCUUCUCUUCCGCUCUAUCGAGACUCGGCUACCUCCUCGUCAGCUUGGGUGGGACGUAGGCACCUUCAUGUUCGCGUCGGAGAGGAUUAUCGCAACAGGUUAUACUCAUCACGCCCGUGUCAAGCUCCGCACUGGCGGCUCGGUUGGUAAGAUCUCCCGAUCUGUGUGCCAUGCGAUUGGGAAAGACGAUAUGGUUGAGGGUGAUAGUCAGGGCUAUUACUGGGACCUUACCAAGGCCGUCAAGAGCGCCGAGGAUAAGGUCACCCGACUUCCUGUCAAGUACCGUUAUCGAUCUCCCGUGGUCUUCGAGUUCCAUACAGCGAACAAGCGGAAGCCGGAUGCGUAUGCUGUGCUAUGGUUGAGUACCUUGACAGAUAACGAGGAUGUGGAUAUUGAAACUCCUAUCUACUCUUGCUCGGCGCCGCAGCACUUGACGCAGAACUUCAUAACCGAGGAGAUGGUCAAUAAGGGCGAAAUCCCAGGUUUGGAGGAUAUCAAGGUGGUCGGACAUCUGAAGUUCAAGGGUCGGUUCAAGGCGGGUAUGGAUGAGAGUCAUGAGCAUUUCAUUGUCGAUAAUGAUUCUCGCGAGACGUACGAGACGUGGGAGGCUUGUCUUGCUGAGGGCGUACGGACGAGGCAGGUGGAGAAGGAGUUGCCGGAGAGGGUCAGUGAGCUGCAUGAUCAGAGUCUUACGCAGGGUCGUGAUGUGCUUAAGGCGGCGUCAGAAGAGGACAAGCAGAGGUGGUUGAGCAAGCAGGGCACGGAUUGGAGCGGAGCAUUUGGCGAUGAUCCGGCAAACUAUGUUGAGAGUCAUGGGAAGCGGAGACAUGCAUCACGUGCUGAGGGUCCACUUGUAGAGGGCGAGACGGAGGUGGAUACGGGGAACGACACUUAUGACGAAGACGACGAUGACAACGACUCCUUCCUAGCCGGCGACGCAGGCACAAAUGGCACCCCCGGACGCAAAAGCAUGCACUCUGUCCGCACAACGGGGACGAUGGAAUCCGGUAUGACGACCGGCACAACCGACACCGCCAACACGGCGGGGACCUCGGGGACGCAGGGUUCGACGCUCGAUGAUAUGAGCCCGAAGCAAGUCAAUCGGCAGAAUAAGAAGACGGAGGAGAGGAAGCAGAGGGGGAUGAUGCAGUGGAAGCCGGCGAGGAAUUUGAAGUUUGCUAAGGAUGAGGGGAUUAUUGGUUUGAGGCGGUUGAAGGGGAAGAUUACAGGGGGUUUGGAGGGGAGGCAGCCGGGUGUGGAGACGGAGACGGGGCAGUAG